AUGGCACCCAAAAAGAAAACCCCCAAGAAGCCCAAGGUGGAUCAAGAGGCUGCACCCGUCCCCCCAGUGGUGGUGGAAGAUGCUUUGCUAGAUGUCCAACACCUCAAUCACUUGAAUAGUUUGUACGACAGAGGGGGCUCCAAUGGCUUCCACUGCACAGCCACGGAGGUCGAGGCCCCGGGCCAUGGAGCCAGCCUUCUGGAGGGCAUGAACCAGAUGCGCCAGAAGCGGUUCCUCUGCGACCUCACCAUCGCCACCAAAACAAAGUCCUUCGAGGUGCAUAAACUCGUCCUGGCUUCCUGCAGCGAGUACUUCCACCGCCUGCUGCAGAGAGACCCUCAGCUGCACCGCGUGGAGCUCCACGACGUGGCCCCGCUGGGCCUCGCCACCACCAUCACCUAUGCCUACACAGGGAAGCUGAGCCUCUCACUCUACACCAUCGGCAGCACCAUCGCCGCGGCCACCCAGCUGCAGGUGCCGCCGCUGCUGAACAUGUGCAGCGAGUUCCUCAUGCGGGAGAUGGCUGUGGAGAGCUGCGUGUAUAUCACCAACAUCGCAGCCACCUUCGGCCUCAGCCAGGUGGAAGAUGCCGCACGGAAAUUCAUCCGGGAAAACUUCCUGGAGUUCUCCAACACUGAGCAGUUCAUGAAACUCCCCUUUGAUCAGAUCAAUGAGCUGCUGAUGGACGAUGGCCUGCAGAUACCCAGCGAGGUUGCUGCCUUCCAGAUUGCUGUCAAGUGGCUGGAGUUUGACCCGAAACGGGUCCGGUAUGCUGCUGACCUCCUGAGCAACAUUCGGUUUGGCACGAUCUCAGCUCCAGACUUGGUCAACCAUGUGCAGCCUGUGCCACGCAUGAUGCAAGAUCCACAGUGCCACAAGCUCCUUGUCGAUGCUAUGAAUUACCACCUGCUCCCCCACCAGCAGAACAGCCUUCAGUCUCGGAGAACUAGGAUACGGGGAGGCCAGAGGGUGCUUGUCACAGUUGGGGGCCGUCCAGCAUUGACCGAGAAGGCUCUGAGCAGGGACAUCAGCUACAGGGAUGCAGAGGGAAACUGGCAUAAGCUGACGGAGAUGCCAGCAAAAAGUUUUAACCAGUGUGUGGUGGUGAUGGAUGGAUUCAUCUACAUUGCGGGUGGGGAAGACCAGAACGAUGCCAGGAACCAGGCCAAGCAUGCUGUCAGCAGCCUGAACAGGUACGACCCGCGCUUCAACACGUGGCUGCACCUGGCCAGCAUGCAGCACAGGAGGUCACACUUCAGCCUGAGCGCCUGCCACGGGCUCCUCUACGCUGUGGGAGGGCGCAACGCCGAGGGCCCUUUGGCAUCUGUGGAGUGCUACGUCCCCACCACCAACAGCUGGCAGAGCAAGGCGGGCCUGGAGACACCCCGCUGCUGCCACGCCACCACCACCGUGGCCGACCGAGCCUACGUGCUGGGUGGGAGCCAGGUGGGUCCCCAGGGCGAGCGGGUGGACGUGAUGCCCGUGGAGUGCUACAGCCCGCUCACGGGGCAGUGGAGUUACAUGGCACCGCUGCCCACGGGGGUCAGCACGGCCGGGGUGGCUCUGCUGGAGGGGCGCUUGUGCCUGGUGGGUGGCUGGAAUGAGAGUGGGAAGAGGUAUCAGAAAUGUGUUCAGUGCUACAACCCUGACCUCAACGAGUGGGCUGAGGACAAGGACCUCCCUGAGGCCACUGUGGGUGUCUCGUGCUGCACCAUCACCCUCCCACGCCCCCUGAGCUCCGGGUCUCGGGCCAGCUCUGUGGCCUCAGCAGCAGCCAGCACGUAA